AUGAUUAGCAAGUAUUUUUUUGAAAUUGUGUUGCUGUUGCUAGCCUCUUUUACUUUUUCCUCCCUAGAACUUAAACUGGUUAUCUUCCAGCAAAGAAGAGUGAACAGAGAGAGCUUCAAACUUGACAAUGCAUUGCAAACCUCCACCAUCCAACAGUGUCUACCACACAGGAAAGACUUCCUGCUUCCCCAGAAGUCUGUGAAUCCUUGCCAGUACCAGACCAGACAGGCACUAGCGAUUCUGCACGAAAUGCUUCAGCAGAUCUUCAGCCUCUUCAAAGCAAAGAUUUCUCUGGAUGGUGGGGAAGAAAGCCACGUGGAAAUGUUCCUCAUUGUUCUUCAUCAACAGCUUGAAUACCUAGAAGCACUGACAGAGCUGGAAGCAGAACAGAAAAGUGGCUCCUUGAGGAAUUAGAACCUUAGGUUACAGGUAAAAAUGUACUUCCGAAGAAUCUGGGGUUUCCUGGAAAAUGAGAAAUACAGCAGCUGUGCCUGGACCAUCGUCCAAGUAGAAAUCAAGCGGAUUCUGUUCUUUGUGUUCAGACUCACAGAAAAACUGAGUGAGCAAGGAAGGGACCCUGACUGAUGUGGAAAAAGGUGCCAAAUGCAGUUUUUAAAAGCAUGGGGUAGGUGGAAGGGUGCAGACACUGUUAUUUCUUC